GAGAUCUAGAUCAUGAAUUUAUUGUGGUGUUUGUGUUUGUUAAUUGUGAUUGUUUAUGCGGAGAAUGCAGACGAUACUGCAGACCCCUGCACUACGGCUUAUGUUUUGGAUAAGAUGGACUUCCGGCUUAAAGAGAAUGUUGCUUAUAACGCUUCCAUGACCUUGUGCGAUAGAUAUCGAUUGGGCAAGGGGAGGUGGGUGAGGGCGGACGGUCAAGACUUACUCCAGACAGAGCCGAGGCCAGAGGAAACGUGUGGAACCCGCUACGCUAUCUGGAUGAGAGAGCCUCCCCCUGAAGAUGUGGGUGAGCUUGUAGAGAGAGAAGCGUGUGUAGUGGGGCUGAGAGGAUCUUGUUCAAGUAAACUUCCUAUCAAGAUCAAAAAAUGCAUGGGCUACAAUGUGUAUUUCCUGACCCCGCCCACUUCUUGUCAUAAAGCCUACUGCUUCCAAUAUGCUGAAAAAGGGACCCCGCCCACCGAGACCGUGUCCCAGCCCGUGGUAGCUUACAAGCUCAUUAGACAAAUGGACGUUAAACCGUACCAAGAACUUCAAUUCUCGUGCGAGUUCCCGCUGAAAAAGGUCGACUACUACUACCAGGUGGUCUGGUACAUAGAAGACACACCAUCAGUCAUAACAGAGCCAGUCAAGAAACACUCUUUACAGAAAACAUACCUUGGCUACGGCCAUGGAGAUGCCACCAAGGGAUACAAUAAGCUUGGAAUUAACGUGAAGUGUUCUGUGCGUUUAAAAGUUGUCCCGGAAGGUCCCCCUGGUCCCAUGUCAAAGCUUAGUGAGAAUUUCUUCGCUGGAAUUCAGGUAAAAUCCACAAGGGUGGAUAUAAAUAGAGAUAAACCCAAAGGUGAAAUUCUCAUUCAGUUAACUGUUCCAUUCGGAUGUCCCCUCAUGCUAGAUGAUAAAGUAGAGAAUUGUCCACUGGAAAUCGAAAUGAACGUUCCUAGGGACCCAAUGAAAUGUACAUCGGAAAUCAAAGCAGCAAAACCCUUAGACCUCAUAGGACAAGGGAAAAACUGUGGAUACAGAAUAUGGAACACUGAAUGGCAGAAAAUAGUCUCCAUUCCUGUGGCAUUUAUUGAUAAACCAGAAUAUAAGCUAGUCCUUCCUGACUCACCAGAGGGCGCUUUUCGUAUUGGAAUGAUUACAGGACAGAAAGUGGGAAGUCCCGCUUGGAGUGGUAUCGAACUACAGGAUGUGUAUGUACAUAUACAUGAGAGCUCUGAUGUUUGGAAAGGUAAAGAAUGUGCGGCCUUAAAUGAUCCCCACAUGUACACCUUCGAUAGACGCCCGUACGAAAAUCAGUAUUCCGGAAGGUUUGUGCUUUAUCGUGGAAAAAGUACCGAAUUCCCCACAGAGGUUCAGAUAGAGACUACACAAUGCAACAGAAAUCCUCGCAGUAUUCCUUAUUGUGUUUGUGCAAUAGCAGUGCGAGCCGGAGGUGAUGUCUUCGUCAUAGACAGAUGUCCUAACAGACGUAUACAAAUAAAAUACUUGGCUUGCAAAGACAAUCUUAUUGAUGCUCGUAAAGAGUCAGAGUUAGAAUAUAAGAUAUAUUUCCCCAGUGGUACUUACGUCAAUGCCCUGUUACAAGACUACACAGGCGUAAGAACAAUAAAUGUCCACAUGUAUCCCUCCAAAGCAGAUAAGGACGAAACAUUAGGACUAUGUGGAACUUUGAACGGAAAUCAAAAUGACGAUUUUAUGGACAAAGAUGGAAAUUUAUUGGUCAGAAUAGAUUUUAUCAACCAUUGGAGAGUUACCCCUGAGGAGUUUUUGGUCCUUAUGAGUGAAGAUAAACUGAAUGCCCUGUCCCCAUGGAAAGGCAGUGUUCUUUAUUGUACAUGUCCACAUAAGCAGGUGACAGGAGAUAGACCUGAAGAUAUUGGACAGUGUUCCGAGGAUACAAUAGUCCAGUGCGCCAAGGAAGACAACCCAGCUCUCAAUAAAAACAAGUGUAGAAUACGUUCUAGGCGAUCCGCCAGGAGAGUCUUUUCUCACAAAAUGUUCGAGAUCUCUGAAGAUCAAUUUUAUCACAUCGACGAGGCUGAUGUGUAUACCAGUAGAAUUAAACGAGAAGCAGACAUCAUAUGGUCAAAAUCAAAGGCUCAGGAAUACUGCAAUAACUUCAUGAAAAAAUCGCAGACUUUUGAUGCUUGCAGUAGCGUUCCCAGUGUUAAUUCUAACUUCUUAAUGGAGAACUGUGUAUUGGAUAUCUUGCUAACUAACUCAACCAUUUGGUCUGCGGGAACUCGUGAAGCUUUGCGGACCACUUGCAUGAAAGAACUUUCCCAAAAUACAACCCUCAAAGAAGACACAAAGGAAGGAAAACCGUCGAUUGCACAACAGAUUAAAAAGAUUGCAUGCAUGAACGAAUGCAGCUGGCAUGGCAACUGUCUUAAUGGAAGCUGUAACUGUGAGGAGGGUUAUGGGGGUAAGGAUUGCUCUAUGGACCUAAACAAGCCUCCCAUUGUUUACGGAGUGAACAUAGAGGAGGGUAGCCUUUGUGACAAGAGAACCUGCCAGAGGGCGCUGGUCGAGGGCUAUGGAUUUUUGGACCAGAAAACUCUGAUGUGUUCACUAAGAGUGUAUCAAGUAGCUGAAAACAAAUCGGUGGUUGGAGAAAUAACUGAACAUAAGGUUCCAGGAGAACAUGACAGUAUAGCAGAAAUAUUUUGUCCCCUUGAUAAGACUAGGGUAAAACGAUCUGUCAACCAGGGAUUUGUCAAGGGAAUAGAUAUUUCUGUAUCUAAUAAUGGCCAGAAUUUUAGCACCACACACACUCUUUUUGUACUGGAUGUGAUUUGUCAAGACACCGUCAAUAUCUCAGGAGACAUUCAAUUUACCCUGAGGAAAGGAUAUUGUUACAUCGGAGGACGAUGUAUCGUUCACGGAAGUAAUGGAACAGAAGAAUGUAUGAAUUGUAAUUCAAGUAAAAAUACAAAUGACUGGAGUAAAAAGGAAGGUUGUCCCUAUACAACAGAGAAGUCUGAUCCGGAAGUAGAUGAUUCCCUGACAUUAAUUAUUGUUCCGGUGGUUGUAGGUGUUCUUCUUGUCGUUACUAUCAUUAUUGCUGUUAUUCUGUUUCUAAAGAAGAGAACUAUCAGACAAUCAGGAAAAACGAAAGCAGAGGUCAAAGUGUCUUACAGCGAAGUAGCCACCAAAGAAGACUCCUGAGGCCGUGUAGCUGUGUAGAGCUAUGUGGUUUCCAUGGUUCCCAAAGGAAAUUCCACAUAGUCAGCCCCGCUGAGUUAAAACGUAAUAUUAUAAACAAAUGUCAUAUGUUUAGUUAUUUUGCAGUGUAAAAACUUAGGGAUUGUCACAUUAAAUACGGUAAAUAUGGAAUAUAUGAAAUAUGGAAUAUGAAUGUGUAUGAAAUUUCUGCUUUAAAUGUUUUGGACAGUUUAUAUACUUGUCAAAUCUACGAACUUGAUGUGUUCUGUACCUUUGGGCUUUCUCAUAGUUUUGCUUUUAGUGAAACCGGUGCUGUUCUUUAAUCAUAUUUGAAAACAGUUGGAGAAAAUUCGGUAGAUAGAUACAGUUCCAUUCUAUUACUUUAGGCACGUAGUAGCGAUUUUGAAGGGGGAGUCGGAAAAAAAUUGACACCUAAUAACCUGAAAGAGAUUGAAGUUUGACAAGCAAAAAAAAAAGUAAUAGUAAAAGGUUAUGUGUGGAAAAGAGUGGGGGGCUACCCCCUCCCCCCCCCCCCCCACUACGUGCCUGUACUUCUCCCUCUGUGUUCACAUUUAUAGUCGUGUCCUUUAUAGCAUGAUCAAUUUAACAUUACUCAGUUGUUAUAAUUAGAGUUAUGAGUUUCUUUUAGCAAACUAUAUUGAUAACACAUUUUUAGCUUGAAUAUAUCUGCUUUCAUUUAUAUAAAUCCGACAAAACAUAUACAUGUAAAAGAGUACCUCCAGUCAUUAAUUUAAAAGAAUUACACAAAAUGUCAGCUUAUAACAGAGUUCUGAUCUGUUUCGCACAUUUGUCACUUCCCUAGUGAAACUCUACAUACCAAUGUCUGUAAGAGUCUUGGAUUUUGCUCAAUAGCACUUUAAUCGUUUUAACAUAUUAUAAAAGCCCAUAUUCUUCAUUUAUGUUUCCUCAUGCUGCACAAACUCACCGCAGCUCUGUUUUUGCUGAGUUAUAAUCAAUGAAAUCAACACCAUGUUGAGAUGAAAUAUGUCAUUUAUUAAAAAUGACGAAAAUAAGAAAUAUAUAUACAUAAACAUGAUAGGGGAUCAGACCAAAAGGUAUUCACACAAUACAUGUCAAUAUGCUGAUCCCCUAAAUUUACAGAUAAACAAUAUUUGCAAAAAAUAUAAAAAACAGUAAGUAUACAGCAAAAAGAUGGCACAUCAAAAAGCUCGUUGAAGAACUCAUAUGUCAUGAGUUCGAAUUUAAGUCAACUGAAAUGACAUGAAAAUAAGUUAACGGUUAUUUAAGGGAACAAAAAAUAUAUUCACUCCAAACAUAAGUCAAUAUCUACAAUAUCUAUGUUUUCUAAUGAUAGGUAUGUUUAAAAAAAGUAAUGUAGUCUUUUUCUCUUUUGAGCUUGUAUUGUGUUCAGUGUCAUGUAUUUUUGUAUUAACAUUGCUAUUAUUGAUUCUUUUUACAUACAUACAUUUUUUAUAUUGAUAGCGAAUAAUAUUGUUGUUAUCGAUAGCUUACCUAGUUGAUGUUCCAACUUUAAGCUUGUA